AUGCCCGUCUCCCAAAACACAAGCAGCCAUGCAAGCAUGGGUGAUCAGGACCCUCAUAGAGGGAAGGCCAACGAGGAGAAGGAAGCAGGUGAGGUCAAAUACCGCGGCGUACGGCGGCGGCCGUGGGGGAAAUUUGCAGCCGAGAUUCGAGACUCGGCUAGGCAUGGCGCGCGCGUGUGGCUUGGGACUUUUAAUACGGCGGAGGAGGCCGCUAGAGCUUACGACCGAGCCGCUUACGCCAUGAGGGGCUCUUUAGCCAUUCUCAACUUCCCAAAUGAGUACCCUAUGACGAGCGGUGGUGGUUCCUCUUCCGCUUCAUCUUCUUCCUCAAGGCGUGGGAAUGUGGAGAUCAGUGCUAGAAGUCAUGAGCAUGGGAAACAAGUUUUCGAGUUUGAGUACUUUGAUGAUAAGUUGCUUGAGGAGCUUCUUGAAGAUGAAGAGAAAAAGAACAAGAAAGGGUGAGGGUGGUCGUGUUCUUUUUCGUAUCGUUUUUUCCCCUCUCUUUUAUGCUUGAGUUUUGCCUCAAUUAUGAAAGUGGAGGGAGAGAUAUUAUAAAUUAAUGAUCUCUAUCCUUCAUGA